AAGAUGGAUAGGCUAGUACGAUCAGCUGUCAAGGAUCAGGGUAGUCAGGAUGCAAAGAAGAUUCAUCGAUCGCUUCACCACCUAUCUGUUCAAAAUGAGCUACUCGAGCAUGAGAUAGAUGGGAUUAAGCAGGUACUAGCAACAAAAAAGAAGCGUAAGAAUAAGGGUAAAGCUCUAGAUCUAUAA